AUGAAUAUGACAUUAGAUAAUUAUAAUUCAACUGAAUUUAUUCAAUCAUCAUCUAUAAUUAAACAAUCAAAUACUCAUCCUAUAGAUACAAAUAAUAUAGAUAAUGUAUUUAAUAUAACAUCAUGUAUAAUAAUCACAUUUAUGUUUUCAUUAAUUGUUAUAUUUUCAAUAUUUGGUAAUAUAUUAGUUAUGUGGAUUAUAUUAAAUAAUCGUAGAAUGCGUACAAUAACAAAUUGUUUUUUAUUUAAUUUAUCAGCAGCUGAUUUAUUAACAAUAUUUCAAAUUAUACCAAAUGUUUAUUAUGUAUUACAAAAUGAUUGGAUAUUUGGUAUUGCUUAUUGUAAAUUUUCACAAUUUUUUACAUCAUUUAAUAUAGCUAUUAGUGUAUUUACAUUUAUUGCAAUUUCAUCGGAUAGAUAUACUGCAAUCAUGUUUCCUCUUCGUCCACGUUCAAAACUGAAGACAGUUAUUUGUGCAAUUGUAGCUAUUUGGUUAAUUUCGUUUGCAAUUGGACUGCCUGGUUUAAUUGUAGCUACGGUUUAUCCAAAAAACUUAUCAAACUUGCAAAAUAUAGUAAAUAGUACAGAUUUACUUGUUGUGGUGAAACAAAUCUCGGUUAACUCACCUGAUCAAUAUGUUUCAAAUGAUUGUAUUCUUAACUGGUCAUCAGAGUGGUCUGAAGCGUACGAUUAUACACUUUUUGUGUUAAUGUAUGUUCUUCCUCUUAUCAUACUUGCCACAACUUAUAUUCCAAUAUCAAUUCAUUUAUGGUUUCAUAGAGGACUUGGUGAAGUCACUAGGGCACAAGCCCAAAAUGUUCAGUCGAAAAGACGAGCAGUGAAAAUGUUAUGUGCAGUUAUGUUGAUAUUUGCAAUCUGUUGGCUUCCAUAUCAAUUAUUUUUCAUUCUGUUACAAUUAAGUCCAACAAUUAAAAGUAGUCAUAGUUUACCGAUUAUAUUUAUAUGUUGUUAUUGGUUAGCAAUGAGUAAUUCAAUGUACAAUCCAAUUAUAUAUGUUCUAAUGAAUAAAAUCAAACAGAAGUAUAAAGCUUGUUUUUAUCACCAAUUAUUAGUUUGUGACGUGAUUAAAGGUUUACUUAAAAGAAAUUUAUCAUCAUUUGUUAAUAAGUUAAAGCAUAUACCAUUGAAUUGA